GCUAACAAGCUGAAACUUAUCUCUUUCAUUUUCAGCAUGGAAACUUGGUUGCUUAUCCUUGUCUCCAUCUCCAUCUCUCUCUUCUUGAAAUUUAUCUUCAACAAUUUCCUAACAACCAAGAAACUCCCUCCAGGUCCUGUAACAUUUCCUAUCAUCGGCAACUUACUAUGGCUCCGCUUGUCCUCCUUCAAACUGGAGCCCAUCCUCCGGUCCCUGCAUGCCAAGUUUGGCCCAAUGGUUACCCUCCGUAUUGGCACUCGCCCUGUUAUCUUCAUUGCGGAUCGCGCCCUUGCUCAUAGGGCUUUAAUACAUAAAGGUGCAGUUUACGCGGACCGUCCACCAGCUUUUGCUACUAGAAAUCAGCUUAAUAUCAGUUCUUCCUCUUAUGGCCCAACUUGGCGACUCCUGCGGCGUAACCUCAUGGCCGAAAUCCUCCACCCUUCGCGCGUGAAAUCUUACUCUCAUGCACGCAACUGGGUGCUGCAAAUCCUCCAGAAUCGCUUCGAGUCCGAAGCGAAAUCCGGUCGUCCUGUUCGUGUGAUGGAGCAUUUUCAAUAUGCCAUGUUUUGCCUGUUAGUCCUGAUGUGUUUUGGUGACAAGCUUGAUGAAAGCCAGAUAGAAAAAAUCGAGGAAGUACUGCGACAUAUGCUUGUGAAUAUCGGUAAGUUCAAUAUACUCAAUUGCUGGCCAAGAGUGACGAAGAUUGUGUUGCGCAAGCGUUGGAAUGAGUUGUUUCGCCUCCGAAAAUUGCAAGAAGAUGUUUUGAUUCCAUUGAUAAGAGCGAGAAAGAAGGCAAAGGAAGAGAGGAUAAGAAGAGGUAAAGAGGACAAGAAAGGGCAUGAAGAUGAGUAUGUUCUGUCCUAUGUUGACACCUUAUUGUCUUUGGAACUUCCGGAAGAGAAAAGAAAGCUCGAGGAAGGGGAAAUGGUCAGUUUGUGCUCGGAGUUUCUUAACGGAGGAACAGAUACUACUUCAACAGCACUGCAAUGGAUCAUGGCAAAUCUGGUUAAGUACCCACAGAUUCAAGAGAAGCUAUUCAUGGAGAUUAAAGGGGUUGUACGAGAUGGGGAGGAGAAUAUAAAAGAAGAUGAAUUGCAAAAGAUGCCAUAUCUAAAAGCAAUAAUUCUAGAAGGGCUGAGGAGGCACCCACCCGGCCAUUUUGUGUUGCCACAUGCGGUGAGUGAAGAUGUAGUGUUGGAUAAAUAUGUGAUACCAAAAGAUGGAACUAUAAAUUUCAUGGUAGCUGAAAUGGGAUGGGAUCCAAAGGUGUGGGAAGAUCCUAUGGCAUUCAAGCCCGAAAGGUUUCUUAAUGGAGGAGGGGAAACAUUUGAUAUAACAGGAAGUAGAGAGAUCAAGAUGAUGCCAUUUGGGGCUGGGAGGAGAAUCUGUCCUGGUUAUGGUUUAGCUAUGCUUCAUUUGGAGUAUUUUGUAGCUAAUUUGAUUUGGAAAUUUGAGUGGAAGGCUGUGGAUGGAGAUGAUGUUGAUCUGUCUGAGAAGGAGGAAUUCACAGUAGUGAUGAAGAAUCCAUUGCAGGCCCAAAUAUGCCCAAGGUUGAAAUAAAUUAUCAGCUUGAUUUCUUUCUCUAUCUUUUUGAUAAAAACGUUAAGGUUGAUUUUAUUUGCUUGGACAAUAAUAUUGCACAUAACUUCACUAGAGCUAAGGAAUUGCUAAGCAUGGCUCCAAGCCAAAUGCCCCUACGUUGUAGGAUGAUCUUCCUAUUGUUUAAGUUUUAUUUGACCAAUAGUGUCUAUAUCCUGUUACUUAAUUAAUUACCUUAAUGGUUUUUUGUUCGUGUUA